GUUACUCAAUAGUCUAGUAUCUAUAAAGGUGUUUCAAGAGCAUUUCAAGAGAGUUGUAUUCACAUGUAGUUAAAAUCUAUGACGCAGGUGUACGUUUGGUUAUCUAAAAAAUAAAUUCGUAACGUAAGAUCCGCGGCGCUGGAACUCGACUGGGAGUCUUGUGUGGAUAAACAAAUAAAUAAAUAAGAGACGAAAACGAAAGUAUACAAUAAAAUAGUUGAUCGAUCAAGAAAUGGCGUCAAGAAUGGAGAUACUGUGGAAACAAGCGUUGAAAACUUUCGCAGGUCGUAACUCCAUGGGAUACAGACUUUGUCAAAAGAAUUUUGAACUACUACGGAGUUUAAUGAACAAAGUAACAGCUGCUGACGUAAGAUUGGAUCGUGAUGUUUUGGAAUCUGUUCAAAUGCAGUCAGCGCCCAUGUGCGUUGUUGACAUAUUCGAAAAUCAAGACAUUACCAUCGCGAUAUUUAUAUUGAAGCAAGGUGUAACAAUGCCAAUGCAUGAUCACCCAGGAAUGCACGGCUUGCUGAAGGUCAUCGCUGGGACUGUGAAGAUAGACAGCUUUACGCUUGAAAUCAGCGGAGAUCAUAUAAUGGAACCGAACACUGGUUAUACCGCGAUUAAGCAUCCAGGAAUGUUGGUCAAAGACACAGAUGACGCAUGUGUCUUGACACCUAGAGAGAAAAAUCUUCAUCAAAUCUCUUGCAUCGACGGUCCUGCUGCGUUUUUGGAUAUAUUGAGCCCGCCGUAUGACGGCGAAGAAUAUGGAAAUAUGCGUCCAUGUACAUUUUUCAGAAUAACUGGAAGUAUCAGAUCAACAGAAUCUGGAGAAAAGUCAGAGAAGGUGCAGUUAGUACCCAGCGAAAGUCCGCCAGAUUUUUUUUCUAUAAGUUUAGAAUACUUGGGACCUCAACUAAGGUGAUUUCAGUGUUGUGAUAAUUGUGGUAAAUUGUUUAAGAUGGAUUCCUUUAUGUUUCAAAUCUAUGUUGACUAUCGCAAGAUUGAAGUUUUGAAGAUAGAAUUUACAUCUUUCACACUCUGUUCUCUUACCUAGUUUAUUAGAAACUCUAUUUUAACUAGCUCUUCCAACCAAAGUUUUUAUAAUUCUGAAUAAAUUGAGAAUUCUCUGCCAUUCUCUUGAAGCAAAAAGUCGAUGAAUUUAACCUUUUUUAUACAGUUUCAAUCAUGACGUUGAGUUCAGAACUUUUGCUCCAUAAUGUAUUAGCAUGUCUAGAAUCUGUCUCUCUGAUAAGGUGAUUCAAAAAAAAAAAAAAAUAAUACAUAUGAAUGUAAGUUUUGGAUCUAAAAUUGCUUUGUUGCCUUGAUAUUCAAUAACUGAAUUGAUUAACAACAGUGUGGAAUAUCUCAGUUUAGUUUCAUUACUUGUAUCUCUAGAAGCCAGAAGCAGUUUAGACUGACUCUUAUAUCGCUUACCAUACGAUAUUAGUUUUAAAUAUAGAAAUUCUUGUAAUCAUUGACUAAAAAUCAAAGUAAAACUGAAGAAAAAUGGCAUCAAUAUGAUUAUAAAAAGAGUCAAAUUAUGUAGUACAUUAUUGAAGUAUUUGGACAAAUAGUGUAAAGUUACUGGCCAGUGUUAAUUUGGAAAUCGAAUCAUAUCUCUCCUUGUGUAUGUGGACUGAGUGAAUUUGAUUUUCUUCUACUAUAACUUUUUAAAUAUCACACCAAAAGAAAUGUAUUGUAUGUGGUGAAUUUAACGUGUAAUGAUACCAAUUGCACAAUAAAAUUUUUCAGUUUAAUUGAUGCAUAGUAUAAAACAAAUGUAUCUAAGUAACAGAUACCGUUUGAUUAUGUAGCGAUUCGAAACAUAGCAUAAAACGAAGAGAUACAAUUAGUGUCAAAUUGUUUUAUAGAAUGGCUGCAUCUGUUUUCACGUACUUCCUAAUGAGUAGUUUUUGCAACUCAAUUGUAUACAUGCCGAUAUUAGAUUGAGGAAGUCAUUAAGAUGUAUAAUUUUAACUAUGGAUAAAUAAUUUUCAUCACUUUUAACCUUGUUAAGUUGAUUAAUGUGAAUAAAACUAAGUCGUUGCGUUAGCCAAAGCAAUAACUAUGUUCAAUGAUUAAUGGGUGAUUGCAAUCAAAAGUACUUAAGGACCAAUACUAUUAGGUUUAAACGUACAAAUGAUUCUAUAAAUGACGUGUACUUAACUAGUUGAUACUCUUUAGUUUGUACAGUAUUAAAACGGAAAAAAAUAUUCUUGAAUUGUUUGAUAAGUACUAUAUAAAUAUGACAUAUCAUAAGUAAAAAUUUUGGCAACAUGGUUCCUGAACCUUGUCUAAGCUAAUUUUUAGAAAAUUGUUAUUCUCUUUUUAAUAUAAUUUUAUACACCCAUGUUAGUAGUAGAGUUUUGGUGACUUGUUGGUUUAACUGGUGAUUACUCAUUUUCAAAUUAUUCCCAGCAGCGAAUAAAAAGAGUUUAGGGUAUUCGGAUGUAAUAUUUAUUUUAUGCCUUAUCUACACGAUCAUUAAAUCAAGUAUUUAAUAAAAUAAAAUUCGUUUACAAAAUAUAUUUAUUAUGUCAAACCUUUCCCGACACUUUGGAUCUUAAAUCCAUAAGUAAAAUACGAAAAAAAAUCAUUCAUGAGAUUGUAAUUCCGAACGAAUAUCGUUAUAUCGUUGAUUUGAACAUACGAGAUGCCUUGAACAAAUGACUUAGUUUUUGUGAAAGCUUCGUCUGGCAGAAAGAAUGUACAAUUCACUUUUAAACCUCACUUUUUUUGUAAAAGCAUACCAAAACUAUCAUACCGCGUUCUGGAGUUACGAUUUUAAUAACGAGUUCGGAAGCGUUUUAUACAAUUUUGUCAAUUUUCUAUGCAGCUUCAAAUAAUAUCAGCAUGCAACUUGUCAUUAUCGUGUCAUCGUUAAUAUUCAGAUACAGAUCUCAGAAGUAAGAUAGAUGUGAAAUCUGUAUCCAAUCUAAUAUGCAUACGCAAUGUGUCAAUCUUUAUCCGGCAUUUUUCAUUUUACACGGUCAUGAAAGUACGAAGAAUGCUCAAAAAGAAUUUAGGCUUUUAAACUUUUUUUGUGUGUUACAUGAAACUCCAUUCCCUACUUUCUUUCUACUAAUUAACAUUGUUUUCUUCUGUUUCUUUUGCUUUAGCGUACAUAUAAUUUUUAUUUCAGAGUGGUGAUGAGAUAGGCCUAAUUAAAUGUGUCCGACAGUAUCCUGACAUGCUUUUUUGCAAGCGUUCAACAAGGAUAACAAAACGUAUUUCACACGGUUUUCCUGUCCGGAACGAUAAGAUCGUGUCUAAUUUCGGCAAAUGAACAACUUCAUAAUCAAACUUAGCGAUCAGUAAGAAAAAUUCGGAAAA